GCUUGGCGGCAGGGGCUGUGGGGCUGUCCCAGGCGCAGGUGGCGGCCCUGAGGGCGGAUGGACGGCCGCGGGGGAGCAGGGGCGUCGGGGUUCGGCGAGGAGGCCGUGGACGACGAGGACGACGAAGAGGAGCGAGAGGGUGGCGCUGCGGGCUCUCAGGGAGCCAAACUGCCCCCCAUCGCCGGCAACGCCUCAGAAGUGAGCAAACGGAAAGUGAAGAAGAAAAAGAAGAAGAAGACCAAGGGGCCCGGCAAGGGGGACGCAGAUAAACAUCAGAGUCGAGGCCUGAAGAGUCAGCAGCUGUCCUCAUCCUUUCAUGAUAUCUUAAGUCCCGGCAAAGAUCAUGGCCCAAGGCAAGAGCACAAACAGGACAAGGAUGAAACCAAGCCCAUCCCCCCUUUCUCCUCCACUGUAAACCUCACCCAUUUUGCUGAAAUAGAAGAGAGCCUCUCCAACCAGAUCAAUGAAAGUCUGCGUUGGGAUGGAAUUCUCGCUGACCCAGAGGCUGAGAAAGAAAGGAUUCGCAUAUAUAAACUGAACCGGAGGAAGCGGUACCGGGUUUCGGCCCUCAAGGGCUUCCACCCUGAGCUGUGUGGCGAGGAGAACCCGGAGAACUUACCCUACCUGUCAGAUAAAGACAGCAGCACCGAGGGCAGGCAGCCCCGACUGAAAGCCGAUCGCCCCAGUCACUUCUUUGAAGGAACCCUCACUCCAAAUCUCCUGCACUCUGACUUGGCUGCUGCUCUGCCAGAGUGAAAAUCCACUCCUGACACUGACAAGUUUACACUGUAUCCUCACUACAAAUUUUUGUGUUAAAAAAGAAUAAUAAUAAAAGGAAAUCAGACUCUCUGAAGCAGA